UUCCCUGCUCUAUUUUUGUUACUGAACUAAAACAAUGGCAAGAUAUUUAUCUGAAGAUUCGUUGCUCGAAAUACUAAUUAGAUUACCUGUCAAAUCUCUCCUCCGUUUCAGAUCUGUUUCAAAAUCCUGGAACUCUCUUAUUACAAGCUCUAACUUCAUCACCAAACAAAUGAACUACAAUGAUGCCAACAACUGCCACACUCUUGUCUGGUGUUACUACCUGGAAUCUAGAAAGGAUACUUAUGCUCUGCACUCUGACAAUGAAAACCUUGAUAAGAUGAUGGACUUGAGUUUUUGUCCAUCAGCUGUUAACGAGUUCUUCUACAUAAUUGGUUAUGCUAAAGGGAUAGUUUGCCUCACGGAUAAAUACCAGAGGUCUGAUACUGUGUUGCUGUGGAAUCCAAGCAUCAGGAAAUACUUCACCCUUUCGAAUCCUCUUUAUAGACCUCAAAUGUAUGAAUUGUUCAUGUUCAAUGCAGUGGUAGGAUUUGGGUUUGACCCUUUGAGUAAUGAUUACAAAUUUGUUAGGGUUUAUAACGUUGAGGGUAUGUGGAAAAUGCAUAUAUUCGUGCUUGGUACAGGUUGUUGGACUGAUGCUGAGAUAACGAGUUCAUUUGCUGCUAUCAGAGAUACACCAGCUACUUAUUUUAAUGGUGUUCUUCAUUGGUUAUCGAAUGAUUAUUUGAUCAUGCGGUUUGAUCUGGGUACAGAAAAAUUCACAGAAAUGAUGUUAUUUUCAAGGGAAUCACUUCCAGUACUAUCAGAAAUAAAUAAUGUUAGCAUUAGUGUAUGGCGCGGAUCACUUAUAGUACUAUCAGACAGAUACGGUAAUACAGAAAACUGGGGUACGACUUGCAGUUUGUUGGUGAUGAAAGAAUAUGGGGAUAAAGAGUCAUGGACAAAACUGUUUGAAAUCAGAUUAGAAUCUGCACACUUCAAUAGCAUAACAACCAACAGCAGAUUGAUUUUCUUCCAAUCAAAUGAUAAUGCAGACCUCGUUGAUAAAAUAGAUGUUUAUGACCAUGAGACUCGACAUACUGAGCAUGAUGUUUUUCAAUUUGAGGAGCCUCUUAUUGGCCUGUAUAUCACCCCAUAUAUCGAAAGCCUUGUUCUGUUAAAAGAGGGAGAAGAUCCAUGUACUCUCUAAAUACUUAAGUACUCAAUAUUCAAAUAAUUGUGUAAUAGUGCUUAGAUUUUCUGUAAUUUCCACCACUGAAAAUGUAAACA